CGUACGACACUCGAAGUUUCACAAAGAGAGCUCCAUAUAAUCCUAGGUCAUUCUCACCCGAACCUCGUUCACUAUCGUCACUUCAAGGGGCCGAACCAAUUCAGACUUUAUAUGGAAUAUGUAACUGGAGGCACUAUUGAGGCUCUCGCUCUAUCCCUUGGACCUCUUCCUGAGAUGGAGGUGGCUGCAGUGACAGACCAAGUUCUCCAAGGGCUCGAUUUCCUCCACUCGAAAUCCAUUGUCCACCUGGAUAUCAAAGGGACCAACCUUCCCAUAUCUCUAGAAGGUUGCGUGAAAAUUUGUGAACUCGGAUCUGCCCGGCCGCUAGAGAAUAGCUACCUAUAUUCAUGUUUUUGUGUUUUACUUGCUCACGCUUGACGUUGAACAUUCGACCAGACAUCUCGGACAUGCGCUUUGUUGGGUGGCCUCCGAAGUUAUCGAGCAGAAUGGACAUGAUAUUCGUGCGGAUGUGUGGAGUCUUGGGAUGGUCAUACUGGAGAUGCUGUCAGGCGGCCAUCCGUGGACGAAGGUGAAAAGGCGCAUGCUUGACAAUGUGCACGUUGUAUGUAUGUUACUGCCAAAUUUCCUCAUGCUGACGAUAUCAUACUUAGAUUAUGGCAUUGGAAAUUCCCCAGCUAUCCGAUGAUAUACGAGAUUCUCCGGAGCUAAAUGUUCUGCUGAAGCGAAUAUUCGUACCUGCUAAAGAUAGGUCUUACUCGUGGGACAUUAUUAAGGAUCCUUGGUUAGUGGUCAUGGCGAUGGGGGCUCGUAAACACGUAGCGCACUAAAAGGCAUGCUCCUCAUUGAAUUUCUUGUAGACCAAUGCUAUGUCUUACUCAAAC